AUGGGAGAACUUCCUGAAGAACGGAUCACACCAUCAAGACCAUUUGAGCAUACGGGAGUAGACUUUACUGGAUUCAUUGAUGUUAAAUCAAACAAAGGUCGUGGGAUCAAAUCAAGCAAAGGUUAUGUGGCCGUCUUUAUAUGCAUGGUGACUAAGGCGGUCCACCUUGAACUCGUGUCGGACCUAUCAACAUCCUCCAUGAUAGCAGCAAUGCGUCGUCUAGCUGCCAAAAGAGGUGCCCCCUCCCACAUCUACAGCGAUAAUGGGACAAAUUUUGUAGGGAGCAGCAGGGUAAUCAAGCAGGAGCUAUCAGAACUGAAAGAAGUAUUCAAUGAGGAAUUCUUCGACGAAAUAAAUCAGAUGGAAAUAGAAUGGCAUUUCAUCGCCCCAUCGUGGCCGAACGCUGGAGGCCUCUGGGAAUCAGCCGUGAAGAGCUUCAAGUAUCACUUCAAGCGGGUCAUCGGAAAUCAGAAGUUAACAUACGAGGAGCUAUCAACACUACUAGCACAAAUAGAAGCAUGCCUCAAUUCAAGACCGUUGUGUCAAUUAUCAGAAGAUCCCGAUGAUAUCAAUUUCCUGACGCCGGCACACUUCUUAUCAGGUGGUCCAAAUCUUACACUUGUCGAAACAGAGAGAGAUGAGCGUACGCGAUGGUGCUUAUCACAGAAGCUAUUCCAAGAUAAUUAUCUGGAAGCGGUGGAGAGACGAGUACUUAGUACAAUUAUCAAGCAGAAGCAAGUGGAGGCAAUCAAAGGAAAAUGUCAGAAUAGAUGA